AUGGAUGUUGAUCAUGAGUCGGAGGAUGAAAUACCACCUACACCAACUAUAAAUACUGUCAAAAUAACAUCAGGAAUCAUAAAUCCCAAAAAACGGAGGAAGAUUGUCGAUAAAACCUACACUGAUGAAGAUGGUUAUAUUCUUACCAAAAAAGAAGAAGUUUAUGAGAGUUGCUCUGAAAAUGAGGAAGAAGAAAUAAAAGAGAAUCAAAAAAUUGAGAAAAAUAAUACUUCGCCAGUAAAAACAACAAACACUGGACAAGUGAAACCAGUUAAAAAUGAGUCUACUAUAAAAAAAGAAACAAAAAGUAAGAAGAAAUUGUCACCACCAAAAAAAGGCAAACAAGCUACAAUAAACAGUUUUUUCAAAAAGGUCUGA